AUGGCACAAAAGGCACCUCCUAAAUUUGGCUCUGCAAAUGCUUCCGUGUACAAGUAUAUCGCAGGCAAGUUUUACCAUCCUAGCACACGUUAUGAAGAUCUCCAAGGGCUCAGUAUCAACAAGAGUGGUGAAUGUGAAUUGAUUCAAGCCAACACCAAAUUUAUCGCUGUUCCUCUGUCUGGUCCUGGUGGUCGUGUUAGUAUCAUCAACAGCGAAAAACCAGGUCGACUUCCUAUUCAUAUCCCAUCUGUGCUUUGUAAUUCUGAAGUAAGCAACUUUAAGUUUGAUCCAUUCAAUGAGAAUAUUCUGGUUACAGUGUCCAUGGAUAACAAGAUUCGAGUAUGGGAGAUUCCUGAAGGCGGUAUUGAGGAAGAUAUAGCAGAACCCAAAUGUGUGUUUGGGUCCAGUUCUAUGGACAAGGUGCAUUUGAUUGAAUUCCAUCCUACCACCAAAGACAUCUUAUUAACAACAUCUGAUGAUUUGGGCCACCCAACGGUACGUAUCUGGGAUGUACAAGCUCAAAAAGAGGAAAUUGUGUUGAAGGGUCAGCACAAGGAUGUGAUUUUCAGUUGCGCAUGGAGUCCAGAUGGCACACACAUUGCGACCACCAGCAAGGACAAAAAGCUGCGCGUCUUGGAUGCUCGCACUGGCGAAAUCGUAGCUGAAGGACCUUCGCACAACAGCAUCAGGCCUUCUCGCUUGGUGUGGUUGGACAACCAACUGUUGGUCAGCGUUGGAUUUGGUCUUGGAUCUUCUCGCGAAGUCUUGUUGAUGAGCAAAGAGGAUUUGUCAAAACCAUUAUGCAGAAAGACCAUUGAUAUCUCACCCAGUAUCAUGAGUGCUUACUAUGAUCCUGAUUGUCACAUUUUGUUUGUUGCUGGAAGAGGCGAUCGCACCAUUCACACAUACCACUUGGAAGAGGACAGACAACUGACUGCUGUGGCAAAGAUUGAAGGCACUACACUACAACAAGGAUUCGCUUUUUUGCCUAAAAAAACAUGCCAUGUCAAGGAUAUCGAGAUUGAUAGAUUUUAUAGACUGACACCGAACAGUAUUGAGCCUGUGGGUGUACGAGUGCCUAGAGCUAGACCCGAGUUUUUCCAAGACGACAUUUUUGUGCCUACAUUAGACUUGGAUCAUCCUGCUCAAGAAGCAGCCAAUUGGUUUAAAGGAGACAACAAACAACUGGGAAAAAUCUCAUUGCAGCCAGAAGACAUGUCGCCUUUAUCUACUGCACCACCACCAGCAUCGCAAGCACAAUCCCAGGCUAAAUUCGAGAUGGGCAAGAAAUUUGUCAGUGAAGAACAACGCAAAAAGGAGCAAAUGGAACGCAUGUUUGCAGCCGCCAAAAAUAUUGAAGGAGAUGAUGAGGUAAAGCCUAAACCUACCAAUCCCGAGGACGAGGAAGUUGCAGAAGAUGAAUGGGAUGAUUAA